AGCGCGGGGCAGUAGGGCCGGGGCGCUAGAUGGGGACGAUGGAGCCGGCGGCUGAGGGGCGGCAGGAGGAGGAGGAAGAGGAGAAGAAGAGCGAGCAGGGCACUGCCGCCCCGACUGCCGGCCCCCGGCGCAUCGAGGUUCCCCGGCCCCCCUCCAUCGAGGAGUUCACCAUCGUGAAGCCCAUCAGCCGCGGCGCCUUCGGGAAGGUCUACCUGGGCCGCAAGGCGGGCAGGCUCUACGCCGUGAAGGUGAUGAAAAAAGCAGACAUGAUCAACAAAAACAUGGUUCACCAGGUCCAGGCAGAGAGGGAUGCGUUGGCUCUCAGUAAAAGUCCUUUCAUUGUGCACUUAUACUACUCGCUUCAGUCGGCUAGUAACAUCUACUUAGUGAUGGAGUACCUUAUUGGUGGAGAUGUCAAGUCUCUUCUUCAUAUUUAUGGAUAUUUUGAUGAAGAAAUGGCUGUUAAGUACAUUUCUGAAGCAGCAUUGGCUCUUGACUACCUUCACAGGCAUGGGAUAAUCCACAGGGAUCUGAAGCCAGACAACAUGCUAAUUUCUAAUCAGGGCCAUAUAAAGUUGACAGACUUUGGGCUUUCCAGAGUUACUCUGAACAGAGAGAUAAAUAUGAUAGAUAUCCUUACUACACCAUCAAUGGCAAAGCCAAAACAAGACUACUCACGUACUCCUGGACAAUUGUUGUCCCUCAUUAGUUCACUGGGCUUUUAUACUCCUGCUGGAAUGAAAAUGCCAGAGCGCAAUUCAAGUCAAUCAUCUGACAGUCUGCAUGGUCUGGCUUCUCCCUUACCUAUGGUCCAAAAGGAAAAUACCCCUCUUUCAGCUAAAUUAUUCAAAACCUAUCUUGAUACUUCUCAAUUAACUCCUGUGAUGCCAGCGAGAAGUUUAACUCCUACGGUACUUCAGUCAAGAAAAAGGUUUGGUACCUCCAGUGCCAGUAGUCAGUUGAACACAUACUUGUCCAGUAUGGAAUCAGAAUGCUGCAGCAGCCCCAGGUGGGAGAAAGAUGUAGAGCAAGGUGAAGAGGAACUAUGUUCCACAACAGGCAAACCAAGUGACAGUGGGUCAGCUCUCCUUUCGAAUGUAGAAUUGCUGAAUAGCAAAGGUAUUGAAGUUUUAAAGAGAAAAGAACUGGAGUCUGCCAUCUCUCCCAUCAGCAGCAACGAUUCUGGCAGUAGGCAGAAGUUGGAAAGUGAACAUCCUGAUAUAACAGAUACUCCUGUGACCACACUGGAUGUGAAAGGUUUAGUCAGAAAAUGUCUUUCAGAAAAUAAGAUUUGGGAAGAAAAACUCUUCACAAAUAGAAGAGAUACAACUAAUGAAACAGCAGAAGCCUCCAAUCAACAACACUCACCUUCAAGGCAGAAUGAACCUGUCAGGCCUAUCAAAGAGGAGGAAAUUUUUGAAAAGCCAGGUGUAAAAAGAAGCUUUGAAUUAGUUGACACUAGUCCUUGUCAGGAACUUAACUAUGUUAAAAAAACCAAUGCUGAAUAUAAACGUGGCUGUCAGAUCUCAGAAUUUCCAGCAAACAAAAGGACAGGUUUGACAACAGAAAUUCAGUCUUUAAUGCUUUGUGAUGAUGGAUGCCUAGGUGACACCUGUAAAAGCAAGGAAGUUGUUACGAGUUCUGUUGGUAACCAGCAAACAGCAGAAAAAUCACUUACUCCAAUUAUAGCCAAAAAUCUUAUGUGUUAUCUGGAUGCAGACUAUGAAAAGGAUGAUAAAAAGGAAUAUAUGAACUCAAGUUUUCUGGGCACUGACGAUGAAAAGCCUUUAGGAAUCCUCAGUGCAGAUUCUGACUUAUCAUUUCCUGAGAUGUCCGCUACAGAAAGCCAUUUAGAAAAGCAGCUUUUAGACUUGGACAAGAGUGUUAAAGACCUCUCCUUUGAGGAGCCAAAACCAGAAGGCAUGUUAAUGACAUCACCAGAGUCCCGAGAUGCCUCACAAAAUGGAGGGGAAGCGCAUACUGCCCAGGACAGCACACCAUUGCCUCAUGAAAAGGAUAAUGACCAAAAACACAUGAAAGAAACUGAUCUUGACACAGUAUCUUCUCCUUCAGAAAAAAUGAUGGAAGCGCUGAAUCUUUUUAAAAAAAAUGCUGUUGUUUUUCGGAGUUAUAAUAGUCCAAUUAAUGUAUCCAACGUGUCUGAGCCAUGUAGCAUGGCUUCCUUAGAUAUAAUGGAUCUUUCACCUGCUUGUAGUGGCUCUUACCCAACAGCUAUUACUCCAUUACAGAAAGGAAGACCUUAUAGGGUCUAUCAGACACCCCGUCAGGGAGAUGCUGGCACGCCGUAUAGGACUCCAAAGAGUGUAAGAAGAGGAGCUGCCCCAGUAGAAGGUGAACGCAUCCUAGGAACCCCAGACUACCUGGCACCUGAGCUGCUUUUGACAAAGCCUCAUGGUUCUGCUGUAGACUGGUGGGCCCUUGGAGUUUGUCUGUUUGAGUUUCUAACUGGAAUUCCACCUUUUAAUGAUGAAACACCAGCACAAGUCUUCCAAAAUAUUUUGAAAAGAGAUAUUCCUUGGCCUGAGGGUGAAGAAAAGCUGUCUGAUAAUGCCCAAAAUGCCAUAGAUAUUCUUCUGACAAUUGACAGUACUAAGAGAGCUGGACUGAAGGAACUGAAACAUCACCCCCUCUUUCAUGGUGUGGACUGGGAUAACCUACAGAACCAAACCAUGCCCUUUAUACCUCAGCCGGAUGAUGAAACCGAUACCUCUUACUUCGAAGCAAGGAAUAAUGCUCAGCACCUGACUGUGUCUGGAUUUAGCUUAUAGCAUCAAGAUAAGUGAACUUUUUCCAUGUCUGUGCACACUUACAGGUGACUCUAUAACACUAGUUUGGUCUUAACUAAGUUUCCUUGCCAUGUUUAGAGUGUGUUUUAAGUUAUUGGUCUGUUUUUAUUAUUGUAUCCUUUAUUCUAAAGUGAACCUACUGUACGAAAUUCCACUGGUGUUAAGUUCCUUAGUGCUACUUUUUAUCUCACUUCCUGCACCUUACUAAGAGGCCAGAGCGUUGUGUUUCUUGGAGCCAAUAAUGCUUGGCAGUGAUGGGGCUUUGUUUUUUAACUCCAGUUAGGAUGUGUGAAGUUAUUUCCCAGUUAAAUGUAAUAGGGAAAGGACAUAAUUGCAUGCUACUUGUAUCUAAUGAGAAGUUAACUGUUGGUGGUUCAGUGUAAUGGCAGUCUUGUCUGGGAGUAGUCCUUUCUGACCAGUUUGAAUAUAUAUCCACUGGGCAAAACUGAUGGUUUUAUUCAAGGUGGAAAAGGGAAAUGUUAACGCAGCAUUGGAACAUGUUACUUCUGUUUAUCUUAUCCCAUAAAGGGUUAAAAGAGACAGUGCUGUGCAAAGGUGACUCAGCUGGAUGUGGCAUGUGAGAUGACAGUAGUUCCACUGGUUAGUACCCUUCCCUAGACAAAUGGGGCAGGGAAAGGAUACUUGGGGCAACUCAGUUUAAAUUGUUGCAUUGUGACCACUCAUCUGCUAUAGGCAGAUGAAUUGUACAGCCUAUGUUUUAGCAAUUACUCAGCAUUUUCUAUUUAAAACAAGUAUCUGUGAUUUGUGUUCACUCAUCAGACAAUAGAAAACAAAAAAUCACCUGAGUAUUAUCUAACAAGUGAAGUAUUAUUCAUAGUGAAGCUGCUGUGUAUUAAAGAAUAUAGUGCAUUGCAAAUUAAGACUGUUCUGUGAACUCACAACUAGAUCUUUGAUUUUACUAGAACUAAGUUACAAGUAGAUAUUCAGUAUUAUAAGUCCUAAUUAGGGAGAAGUAUGUUUAAAUCUAUGCAACAUAAAAGUAUGUUUAAAUCAGAUGCAACAUAAAAGUUGCAUCUGCUCAGUUUUAGAGACUUAUUUGUAGAUCAUUAAUAUUUUUCUUGCAUAGGUAUCUUUCUCAGCUGACUUACUGAAGAUUUUUAGGUUUGUACUUGCUAGAUAAAGAUCACUUGUGCUAGAUGGCGGUGGCAGCCAGUGGCCACAUGCCAGAAGUCAAGCAUUUUGCUCGUGAUUUUUGCCAAGUGGCUUUAGAGUCUCAUGAACUUGAUCCUUCUUGCAGGGGGAGUGAGUUGUCCCUUCAUUGCCCUGCUUCUUGGAAAACUAGAUUUAUUGAUGGAAUUCUGAGCACACAGUGUCUGCUGGGCUUCCUGCUGUUCCCUCAGGUAGCUGGGAAAGGAACGGGAAUGGUGGAGAAAAAGGAAGUCUUCCUAGAACAACCCCUAACAGCUCAGUUUAUUGCAGUUUUUAGCACACUUGUGUCCAGCUAGAGGUCAGUAACUGGCACACUGGCUUAUAGAGAAAUAGCAUCAUGGACAGUUCUGCCUGCCCCUUUCACUGCCCAACACUGAAACGCUGCUGGCUGUUCCUGAGCUACUGGGUUCCAGUUUCAGCAUGGUCAGGUUUCACCUGGGGUUACUCUGACAGUAAAAUGUAUUCUUUAGCUCUCCACUAUGUUCUCAAAAAAAAAACCCACCAAACUUUGCACAUUUUGUGUAAAUAUAUAAAAUAAUGCAAUCCUGCUGUUGCUGCUUCUUUUAUUGUCUUUAAACUGUCUUAUAUUUUUGAUCCUGCGGGGGGUGCGGGAGGAGGAUUUUUACCCAAAGUAACACUGCCCCUUUCCCCAGCAAAGACAGUGGUUCUAAGUAGGGAAAUACCUAAUCCAGGUGUCUAUGCCCUUCACUUCAGAACUUGCUAACACCUUCCUGCAAUCCUAUUAUGAGCUACCCCAGCGUAUUUAGUGGCAGGAGAGCAGAGUCCUUAAGUGGUCUGUAAGCCCUGCUGGGAGUCUGCUCCUCUACAGUAACCAAAUUGAGUCAAAGACAGGGGGUCCUGAGGCUGGAACACACACUUGUACCUGGCUCUGUUCCUAUUAGUGGGCAGAACAUCUAAAAAGCGUAGGUGUGCUCUGGAGAAACCAGAGGGAAGAUGAAGUUUGAUUCACUGCAGGAAAUGAGCUGGACACAUACUUCAGAAGUGCAGUUUUGAGCUGGGUCUAGAUGUCUCUGGUGCUGUGAGAAGUGUUGUGGCUGCCAGCCCUCUCGAGGAGAGCACCAGCCAGAACAGCAGAGCCUGGUUCUGAGCACCAAUGAGCUGCUUAUGCUGCUUUCUCCAAGUUAAAGCUGUGUAUCUUUGUAUCUGGGCAAGUUAUAGAAAUUAUUUGCCCUUACCUUUAAGAUGGAAUACCAGCUAACUAGAAAAGUGCCCAAAUGAGGGUGAGUUUGAGCUACCCCAGUUCUGA